GGCCUUCAAAAUUUGGUAUGCACAUCCUAUUUUUUCAAUAGCAGGCGGUGGGUUCUUCAGGUACUAUUUUUCUAUAAUAUGACAAACGUUAAAAUGUAAUUGUAUAUUUGAAUGUCAAAUACAUUAUACAUUUAUCGACUGGUGUUUUGAGUAGAAAAAAUUAGCUAUAAAACUAAAUGGAAGUAACUCAGUAGCCUUGAGCAAAGAAAACCAAUCGCAAAAAUUAAAAAAUCAACCAUAUGAAGAAAAAGAAAUACGACAGUAAAAUUGAUCGAAUGAAAAAAUAACAGCAGUAUGACAUCGAAUGAAUUAAAACUAAAUUACCAAAAUUGAGACACAAAAUCAGUAGUCCUACUCCUAACUUAACUAUGAGAUAUUUUUAAGGAUGCACUUAAAAGUCAUAUACGAAUAAGGCUAAUAUACUAAUAUAUAUUAUUAUAGAAUUAGAUAAGAAUGUAAAUAAAAUAUAAAUGCAUAUAGAUGUACAUCGGACAUUUGAUUACUGAAUUGAAAAUGUUAGCGUGUUAGUGGAUUAAGGGCUUAGCCCAUUUUAUAUUUGUUUGUAUUUACUUGUAUAUUACUAUGGGCUAAGGGUUUGAAUCAUUACGGAACAUCUUGUAUAUAUAUUACUUCAAUCUUGAUCAAUAGAGACAUACCAGUUUAUACCCUAUGAUUAUUCUAAUACAUACUGCCUCAGUUUAUAGCAUGGUAUCAGAGCUGCCAAGGGGGGUUACGCAUCUUUCUUCUUCUUCGUACCCUGCUUCUUCCUCAAUUUAAAGCCGCGCAGUGUGCGCGUCUUCGAGUGCAGAAGAAAAUCUGCCGUCUUCGAUCUUCGUCGUUUGGCUCGGCACCAGCGUGUCCUAGGAGCCGGCGAAUAUGGGGGAUACUACAUCGCCCUAUUACCUUGACUCCGGUGAUCAACCGGGCAACCUUAUAGCACAUAUGAUUUUCAAGGGGGUUCGAACACACGCUGUGGCGACCUCUCUGCUACCAGCGGCCGAAGGCUCGAGUUCAUUUAAUACGGACAAUAUCGGUUUGGCUAAUUUAAGCAAUGAGCAGGUUAAGGCUGUUUUGAAUUUAAUUAAAGAAGAUGCUCUAACUUGUGACCGAAAAUUGGGUAAAUAUUCUUGUGUCAAGUGGAUUAUUGAUACUGGGGCCUCUCAACAUGUUACGGGUGAUGUGACGUGUCUUGUUGAUCCCGUGACUAUUCCUGCUUGUUCGGUUGGAUUGUCGGAUGGGCGUACUGUGAGUGCGGUCUUGACCGGCCGUGUACCAUUAUCUCGGGAGCUGAUUCUUGAUCAUGUUCUCUACGUGCCUGGACUGAAUUGCCAUCUCAUUUCUGUUUCACAAUUGGCAGAUCAAUCUAAUUGCCUUGUCACUUUUACUAACAAUUUUUGUGCUAUACAGGACCUACGCUCGAGGAACCUGAUUGGAGCCGGUGAAAGACGGGAUGUGCUCUUUUAUUUUAGAGGAGUGACGACAUUGCAUACUGUUCAGACAUCAGCAUUCUCGGAGUUUGAACUGUGGCAUCGUCGAAUGGGUCAUCCUUCUGAUCGGGUCCUGAAAUUAUUACCUGUUAUUGCUUCCAGUUCUUCUCAGAAAAGGUUGAAUAAAGCUUGUGAGGUGUGUCCACAAGCCAAACAAGUUCGUGAUUCUUUUCCUGCUAGUAAUAAUAAAGCAAGUAGGAUACUUGAACUUAUUCACUGUGAUCUGUGGGGACCCUAUAAAACCCCGUCCACUUGUGAUGCUGUUUACUUUCUUACUCUUGUGGAUGAUUUUUCACGCGCUGUGUGGGUAUAUUUAUUGCGUGAUAAAAAGGAGGUUCAUCAAUAUUUUCUCUCAUUUAUCGCUAUGGUUGAAAAACAAUUUUCACUUUCUGUCAAAAUUGUGCGUAGCGAUAAUGGGACUGAGUUCAAAUGCAUGCAACCAUAUUUUGACACUCAUGGAAUUUUAUUUCAAACUUCCUGCGUCCAUACACCCCAGCAAAAUGGGAGAGUGGAGCGCAAACACCGACACAUCUUAAAUGUUGCACGUGCCUUGAUGUUUCAAGCUAGUCUGCCUAUUACAUUAUGGGGUGAAUGUGUACUUACAACUGUGCAUUUAAUUAAUCGCACUCCGUCUGGAGUUUUGGGUGGGAAGACACCCUAUGAACUUUUGCAUGGUGUUCCGCCCAAUUUCUCUCACUUGCGCGUAUUUGGCUGUCUUUGCUUUGCUCAUAAUGCUUACUCACGAGGAAAUAAAUUCUCUCCACGGAGUCGUCGUGGUGUUUUUGUUGGCUAUCCACAUGGUAAAAAGGGGUGGAAGAUAUUUGAUUGGCACACGGGUGAAAUUUUUGUGUCCCGAGACGUGAUUUUUCAUGAGGAUGAUUUUCCUUUCUCGACACCUAUGCAUGAGCCCCAGGUAGUUUUGGCGCCGGACAGUACAACUACACCUAUGGUGGUUGAUCCCGAUCCUGUAGUUGUGACUCCGGCAGCGGCAGAACCUCCUCCGACAGCCCCUACAAACGCCACAACUGUGCCUGCUCAAUCUGAAACUGAAUCCCUCGGCCGUGGUCUACGCUCGCGGCGUCCGUCUAUUUUGCUACGUGAUUUUGUCACACAUCACGUCCAAAAAUUGAGCCCAUCCCCGUCAGCCACCUCCUCCGUUAGUUCCUCAGGUACGCCGUAUCCUAUAGCUAACUUUAUAAAAUGUGACAAGUUCUUUAUACGCCAUCGUUGUUUUCUUGGAGCUAUACUUGCAGGGCAUGAACCCCGAUCAUUUAAAGAGGCAAUGACCGAUGUCGGUUGGCGUCAGGCUAUGCAAAGUGAGAUUCAGGCACUAGAAAAUAAUCAUACUUGGGUUAUGGAGCCGCUUCCGCCAGGUAAAAAGGCUCUUGGAUGCAAAUGGGUGUACAAAAUUAAGUAUCACUCUGAUGGCACUGUUGAACGUCUUAAGGCUCGUCUUGUUGUGUUCGGUAAUCACCAGCAAGAAGGUAUUGAUUAUACUGAGACAUUCGCCCCCGUGGCGAAAAUGGUUACUGUUCGCAUGUUUUUAGCUGUUGCUGUCGCUAAAAACUGGGAAUUACAUCAACUGGACGUUCAUAACGCUUUUCUUCACGGGGACUUGGAUGAGGAGGUCUACAUGAAACCUCCUCCCGGAUUUCUUUCUUCUCGGCCUGGGCAGGUGUGCCGACUGAAGAAGUCAUUAUAUGGCUUACGUCAGGCACCUCGAUGUUGGUUUGCAAAAUUGACUGCUUCUUUGAAGCAAUAUGGAUUUCGGCAAUCUUAUUCUGAUUAUUCUCUCUUCACUAUGCAUCAGGGGUCGGCUCAAUUAUAUGUCCUCAUUUAUGUUGAUGACUUAAUUAUCGAAGGCAAUGAUUGUGGUGCAAUCUCUCGCUUUAAAUCUUAUCUGCAUAAAUGUUUUCAUAUGAAAGAUCUUGGUAUUCUUAAGUAUUUUCUUGGGAUUGAAGUGGCUCGAAGCACUGAUGGUCUUUUCCUUUGUCAGCGCAAAUAUACACUGGACAUUAUUUCUGAAGCCGGUCUUCUUGGGGCAAAACCUGUGGCCUUCCCUAUUGAACAAAAUCAUGGCUUGGCUCUAUCUCAGAGCGCUCUUUUGGCUGAUCCGGAAUCAUAUCGCCGGCUUGUUGGUCGUCUUAUUUACUUAUCCUUUACCCGACCAGACCUGGCCUAUGUUGUUCAUAUUUUAUCUCAGUUUAUGCAGGCUCCCCGACAAGAUCAUUGGAUGGCAGCCUUAAGGGUUGUUCGGUACCUUAAAGGCUCCCCGGGUCAGGGAAUACUUUUCAGCUCUAUUUGUGAUUUGACUCUUACAGGCUGGUGUGAUUCGGAUUGGGCCAGCUGUCCCCUUACGCGCCGUUCUCUUACAGGCUGGAUAAUUUUUCUGGGAUAUUCUCCCAUCUCGUGGAAGACAAAGAAACAACACAUUGUGUCUCGCUCCUCAACCGAGGCCGAGUAUAGGUCCAUGGCGGAUACCACGGCCGAACUAAAAUGGGCUAAGGGUCUUCUUCUUAGUCUUGGCAUUGAUCAUUCGAGUUCUAUGUCCUUAUUUUGUGAUAGUCGUUCCGCUCUUCAUAUUGCACAUAACCCGGUAUUCCACGAGCGCACCAAGCACAUUGAAGUUGAUUGUCACUAUGUUCGCGAUGCUAUUCAGAAUGGGUUGCUCGUUGCUCGUCAUGUUUCUACUACGGAUCAACUUGCUGGCAUCUUCACUAAAGCUUUAGGCAAGCGUCAAUUUCUCUACCUUCUUGGCAAGUUGGGCAUUUUUGAACCCCAUACUCCAACUUGAGGGGGGUGUUAGCGUGUUAGUGGAUUAAGGGCUUAGCCCAUUUUAUAUUUGUUUGUAUUUACUUGUAUAUUACUAUGGGCUAAGGGCUUGAAUCAUUACGGAACAUCUUGUAUAUAUAUUACUUCAAUCUUGAUCAAUAGAGACAUACGAGUUUAUACCCUAUGAUUAUUCUAAUACAUACUGCCUCAGUUUAUAGCAGAAAACAAAUAUUAAAGAGAGCAUGAUCUGCAAUUUAGUGCAGGCAAAAUUUAGUGAUUAGUGAUGAUCGAAGACAAUGAUAUGGAUUGUAAAUGAUGGCAUCUAUCAAAGUUGAUAGAUCGAAGCGAAUACUGGUAGUAAUUUAAUUUUAGCUUGUGCUAAUGAAUUUAGGUCAACCAGUGAAUGGAGCGCUAGAUCUGA